AUGCAAAACGGAGGUCGAAAUUACCGCAACGAAGUGGAGUUCACAAUUUGCCUCAAGCUUUACGGAGAGUGGAACAACAAAAAUACUCAUAGGCCAAAAAAGGACUACACCCCGUUAUUGUAUGCUGGAGCAAGAACCCAUCUAGUCCUCAUUGUGGGAACACGGAGAAGCCAUCUAUCAGGCUUAUUCAAUGGUCAAAAACUUAAAGGGUGUGAAGACUUUAAAGACCCUGGUUUAUCUCUUGAAAAUCAGACUGAUAAUAUCCUAAAAAUACAAAGAACCUUGCUUUUCGAAGAGCAGGGUAGACGAUUUAAAUGUAGUAAACGUAACGACAAUCACUUUUCCGAAGUCUUUAUGCACACAAACUCUGUAUUCGGUAAAUUGGCUUACAGCGGACACUUUUUGCCGUUAUCCGAUGCCGAACAUUCUGGUAGCUCUUUUAUGUUAAAUAAUUUACGAUUCUCAUGCACUACUUCACCACCAAAAACCCUUUAUUAUUUUCAUUUCCCCCAUUCACAAAAAUAAGAGUAAACCAUUUUUGUUGUUCGUAUAUCACGAUAAAAUAGUACC